CCCGCCUGCUGUCACUGUUCUGUACAGUCUGACCACGCCCCUUAGCUGUUUCCGAUAGAACUCUGCAUUAUAAGUGCCACGAUCCAGGUGACUACGGAAGCCUGAGAGGACCAAACAGAAGUGUGAAAUAUAGCCAACGCGUUUCUGCGACUUGGGCUCCUGGUAGCAGAAUACAGUGUAGACGUCUCCAUAUCUAUUACCGCUGAAGGAGCAGAGUCGGGGCUAUCAGUAUACGGGCGGGUCACUCCUAUAAGCUUUCUGAGGCGCGCGCAAAACACAAGGCACUAGCGCUGAACGUCUGCGCGCUUCCGCCUCUAUCGAGAGCGAGCACGCCCCACAGCCCCAGCGCAGGAGGCCUGCUAACCAGCUAGGGAGGAAGCGGCAGCGGCGGGUCCUCCCACAACACGACGACAAGCGCCCGGGACAUGGAGCGGCCCUGAUUCGCCACACAGACCUCUGGUGUAGAGCUACCGUCCGCGGUGAGGCCACCGACACGCCGCCAUGAGUAACAACAACCGGCAGACCAAGCGGGUCACAAACUGCGGCUCCAUCCUGCUCACGCAGCAAGAGAAUGAGACUCUGUACGGCUACCUGGGCAAGAAGUGUGUGACUAUCAGUUCGGCUGUUGUUCAGCUAUAUGCCUCAGAUCGUAAUUCCAUGUGGGUAAAGAAAUGCUGUGGAGUAGUAUGCCUAGUGAAGGACAAUCCACAAAGAUCCUAUUUUAUUAGAGUAUAUGAUAUAAAGGAUGGCCGGCAACUGUAUGAACAAGAACUUUAUUAUAACUUUGUAUAUAAUAGCCCAAGAUCAUAUUUUCACACAUUUGCUGGUGAUGCAGGUCAAAUUGGCCUAAACUUUGCAAGUGAAGAGGAGGCAAAAAGAUUCCGAAAAGCGAUAAUUGAAUUGCUUUCAAGAAGACCUAAAAAACCUGAUAAAAAACGAGAACCCCUAAAUGGGCCAAGUCUUCCCAUGGCGACAGUUGACAUCAUACAUCCUGAAAUUGCAACCCCAAGAUACAGUACACAAGUCAAUAACAUUCCUUAUAACAAAGAUAAGAAAAAAGGAAAGAACAAGAAGAAAAAACUCACUAAGGCAGACAUUGGGACACCUAGUAACUUCCAACACAUUGGACAUGUGGGUUGGGAUCCGAACACUGGAUUUGAUGUCAAUAACUUGGAUCCCGAACUGAAAAAAUUGUUCGAUUUGUGUGGUAUCUCUGAAGCUCAGCUUAAAGAUAAAGAGACAUCAAAGGUCAUAUAUGACUUUAUUGAAAAGACAGGAGGUGUUGAAGCUGUUAAAAAUGAGUUACGCAGGCAAGCACCACCGCCACCUCCUUCAAGAGGUGGUGCUCCACCCCCUCCUUCACACAGCUCAGGUCUACCACCCCCUCCACCAGCAAGAGGUGGCAUUUCAAAACCCCCUCCACCUCCUUCCAGAGCUCCUAUGGGUGCACCCCCACCACCUCCACCUUUCAGACCUGGGGCCUCAGGACCACCACCACCGCCACCUAAUCGAAUGCAUCCUCCCCCACCACCAGGUCAUUCUUCAGCUGCACCUUCGAGUCCACCUCCACCUCCUCCAAUGCCAGGAUUUGGAGCACCUGCCCCACCGCCUCCCCCUCCUCCACCAGGUCCGCCUCCUCCACCUGGUCCACCACCUUUACCUGGGUCAGCAGCAGACAAUGAACCUCAGAUUGCACCUCCUAUUGGCAACAAAUCAGCACUUCUUGAGCAGAUUAAGGGAGGAGCUCAGCUUAGGAAAGUAGAUAAUAAGGAAAAUCGACCUGUGUCUUCCUCUGGACGAGAUGCUCUGCUAGACCAAAUACGACAGGGAAUACAGUUAAAAGCUGUGACAGACGAAGCAGAUACUGUUGCAUCUCCACCACCUGCACCUGCUCCUGGAAUAGUAGGAGCACUGAUGGAAGUAAUGCAGAAAAGGAGUAAAGCCAUUCAUUCUUCAGAUACUGAUGAAGAUGAGGAUGAUGAUGAAGACUUUGAGGACGACGAUGAAUGGGAUGAUUGAUCCACACGUUAUAUAAAUAUAUAUAAUAUAUAUAUUUUUUUUUAAGGUGAAUGAAUACUAAACACUACUUUCUGUCUAUGACUUCUGUAAAAUGAUCAUGUAAAUUGUUUACCAAUCUGCUGUAUAUUUUUGUUGCCUUUUGCUUUUUUAAUAAUCUGUGCAAUACCUCAUUGGAAAUGCAAAGGUUUGUCAUAACACUGCACACAGAACUUCCUCCUGCUAACCGUGUGCAAACUGACAUAACAUAACAAAUCACAUUAGUGAAUGGAUAACAUGUACGUGACAAGACCUACGUACGGAAGAUUAAGUGAGUCAGUAACAGAAAAACCUUUAAUGUAAUUGUUAUAAUGAAAAAAGAAACACUAUUUUCUUACCCUGAUUUUUCUGUAUCUAAAUAUUGAAAUCUAGUAUAGCACUACAUUCUCUUUUUAAGUCAUGCUGAUCUUUAAUUCCACCCCUCAUUUUGAAUUGGAAGCUAAAUGUAUGUUACUUAUGUAUGUACUUCAUUUGUUUUGGUUUUUUUGCACCUUUUUUUUUUUCUUGACACUACAAAAAAUUGGUUUGUAUUAUUGCAGCCGCUACAAUUAAUGCAAAUAACCCAAUUCAGAAAGUUCAUGCAAUAGCAUCUGCUAUUUUACAGCAAUAUUGACUGUUUUAUAUAUAUAUAAUACUUUCCAGAACUGAAGGUAUGACCGAAAGAAACACCUACUUAGGAUUGGUGAUUGUUUUAACUUAUAUGGGUAGUAGAACUGACUGACAUAGCAAUGCUACAUGAGGCCUACGGCCAAGACAGGCCCUAACUGCAUUAACUACAUGGAUACACUUAUACCCUGUACACUACACUUUAAAUCACAUUAGACUAUAUAAGAAAUGGUGCCUCUUCUGCACCUUUACUUGUUGACAGACCUGCUUGCUUCUCUACUGUAGGGUUAAGUUUCUGAAUGCAUACAAGCCACAUUGCAGAAGCUCCAGAAUACAUUCAGUGCCGUUUAUUGUGCUGCAUUUCUGUGUAUCAAAUAGCAAACACUACAAACACAAUCAUACAGAAAACCUAUCUUGAAUUGCAAAUGAAUAUUAGUCUAUAUGGUAAAAUAAACACUAAUAUGUUAUGAACCUGCCUAUUGCAAUGCUCUAUUAUCUAUUGUAUAGUUUUGGGGAACAGAGGUUGGCAUUAAAAAGAAAUAAAGAACAUACUUUGUAUACA